GUGGGAUCUGGCCAUUCCUGGGUGGCUCCUGACCCUUCCUGGGUGUCUCCUGACCCCUCUCCCCGCGGCAGGGGGACGACGACGCGGCGCUUCGUGGGGCACACCAAGGACGUGCUGAGCGUGGCCUUCUCGUCCGACAACCGGCAGAUCGUGUCCGGCUCCCGGGACAAGACCAUCAAGCUCUGGAACACCCUGGGGGUCUGCAAGUACACGGUGCAGGACGAGAGCCACUCGGAGUGGGUGUCCUGCGUCCGCUUCUCCCCCAACAGCAGCAACCCCAUCAUCGUGUCCUGUGGCUGGGACAAGCUGGUCAAGGUGUGGAACUUGGCCAACUGCAAACUGAAGACCAACCACAUCGGGCACACGGGGUACCUGAACACCGUCACCGUGUCCCCCGACGGCUCCCUCUGCGCCUCCGGGGGCAAGGACGGGCAGGCGAUGCUGUGGGACCUGAACGAGGGGAAGCACCUGUACACCCUGGACGGGGGGGACGUGAUCAACGCCCUCUGCUUCAGCCCCAACCGAUACUGGCUCUGUGCUGCCACCGGGCCCAGCAUCAAAAUCUGGGACCUGGAGGGGAAGAUCAUCGUGGACGAGCUGAAGCAGGAGGUGAUCAGCACCAGCAGCAAAGCGGAGCCGCCCCAGUGCACGUCCCUGGCCUGGUCGGCAGACGGGCAGACCCUCUUCGCCGGCUACACCGACAACCUGGUGCGGGUGUGGCAGGUGACCAUCGGCACCCGCUGACCCCAAAACCGCCCCCAUUCACCCCAAAACCCACAAUAAACGGCGCUUGGUGCAGCUGCA